UGACCGAGUGUACGUCAUGUGAACGUCCAAAUAGAACGCAGCAGCCAUUCUCGUUUUGACAUUUGUGCGUAUAUUUUUUUUUACGAAACGGGUAUUCCCUUGUUAAUAUAUUUGAUAAAAGGGACGUCUCCAGUACGCAUUGAUAAGAUUACAGAAGAGCGCGAUGUUGGAAAGGUAUAAGUCACUUCGUCGAGAUUUUCUUCAAGUGGCGGAGUCUUCGGUGAACAGUGAUAUCUUGAAUCAAUUGAAACGUAAUUAUGCACAUGACGUUGAUUCAAGACGCAAAUUGAGCAGAGUCAAAGACCUCGGAUCGUUUAUACGAUUGCUGGAGAAACGAGAUGUCGUUAGUUGUGACAAUAUAGAACAAUUGCAUUUUAUACUAAAAUAUAUCGGCAAACUAGAAUUUAAGGAUAAGCUAUUAGAAUAUGAAAAUUGGCUGAAGAGUGCACCAUCGUUUCCCUUUUAUAAAAUGUACCAAAGUGAUAAUAUAGCUUCAGCACCACUGCAAAUAUAUAAAAAUACAUCAGGAAAUGUAGCAUCACCUUUGGAUUCAUAUCAUGCAUGUAAUGCUGCACAUAGUUCACAUGAAUCAACAGUACAAAACAUGAAUCUACCAUUUAAUCAUAUCGCGCAGAAAUCAUAUUGUUGCAAACAAAAAGAAAAAAGAACGGAUAGGGAAAAAUCACUGCAACAAGCAGUAUUGCUCCAGGUCAGUGAAAGACUAGGUCGUUCUUGGAGAGAUGUAGCUAGACAUUUAGGUAUUAGAGAAUGUGAAAUCGAUGCUGUGCAAAGUAAAUAUCAUUGCAACUUGAAGGAACAAAGUUUCGAGAUCUUGAAGAUUUAUAUAUCACAGUCUAAUAAAGAGUGUUGGACAAUAAAUUUAAUACGAGCUUUGGACAAAGGAAGGCGCAGAGAUCUCAAGGAACUUGUAGAGGAUUUAAUGGUUGCUCACAAAUAUGUAUGAUAAGAAUAGUAAUCUGUUUUCUCAAUUCUUUUCCUAGAUCUUGAAUCAAGCUUGUAUUGUGAAUUCUCUCUUAUCGAUAAAAGUGCAUCAAAAAGUAGCUUGGAAACCUGAUUGGCUGAGAAGCUAUAUUUAUCGAUAAAAGGCAUCGAUAAAAGGCAUUUUUUUAUCGAUAAAAAAGAAUUCAGAAUACGGGCUUUUGUAUAUAGUCGUACAUGUGGUAUUUUAGUUAAAAAUUCCUUGUAAAUCAUAUAUAUAUAUACUUUCGUUAUCUCUUUAUCAUAUAUAUGAUUAUAUUUGAUUAAGAAAAAAAACUUUGGAAUCUAAAAUUAACAGAGAUUUUAAUUAGUUAGAAGUCACAAAUGACACUCUGUUAAAGAUACCAUGCAUAUAUAUUUUCCUAAUAUAUAUACAAAAAAGCUAUAAAUGCAAUAUAGUUAGUUGAACGAGUUUUCAAUAACAUAAAGAGCUUGUGAUUUGGCGGAGCCGCAAAUAGAACUAUGGAUAUU